CCACAUAUGGAUCACACAAAAUCCCACGUUACAGAUAAUUCAGCAAUAAUCACUUCACCUCCCAAUUUUCCUCUUCAUUCACUCACACACUCCAUAACCACAAGGUACGACAAUGUUGCCUAUAUCUUUGUUUUCUAAAAAUCAAAGGCAACCCAAACAUUGAUUUUACAUGUUUUUAUUGUUUAAGACCAAAAUUAAGAAUACCCAGAAAGGAUAUUAAUUAAUUCUUUUUUGUUUAAAAAAAUAUGAUUUUGCUGACUCAACAAAUAGCCCAACCACUUUUCAUCAUUUCAUAUAAAUCAAACCCUUCAUUCAAUAACCAUGUGCAACUUCAUCAAGGUUUCACUUUGCACACACCAUUUUCACAACUGCCCAUUAUGCCCCUUUCCAAUGGAAGGCCUUUCAGGAGAAAGAAUUUCAACAAAUGUGUCUCUGAAUCAGGACAGUCUCCAUUGCCAACUGACCCAGAUAAGAAAGAUGAGAUAGUGGGAGAAACCAGUGAUGGUGUGGUGGAAGUGCAGGGUGAGAAUCCUGAUCUUCAGACACUUUUUAGAAGGUUUUGGAAAGUGGCAGCUCCUUAUUGGAGUUCUGAUGAUAAGGUUCAAGCAAGAUUGCAGCUUGCUGGUGUUUUUGCUCUCACUUUGGCUACUACUGGAAUUAGUGUUGGUUUCAGUUUUCUAGGGAGAGAUUUCUAUAAUGCACUUGCCAACAAGGAUCAAGAGCAAUUUACAAAGCAGCUACUUUACUACUUGGGUGGUUUUGCUGGAGGAAUCCCGUUUUUUGUAUUGAGAGACUAUGCAAGAGAAACUCUUUCAUUGAGAUGGAGGUCUUGGAUGACGAGGUAUUACAUGGAUCGCUACUUGAAGGAUCAGACAUUCUAUAAAAUUCAAUCACAAUCAAUUAUUGAUAAUCCAGACCAGCGAAUUGUUGAUGAUCUAAGUUCUUUCACCGGAACAGCCCUUUCUUUCUCUUUGGCACUCUUUAAUGCUGCCAUAGACUUGAUCUCAUUCAGUAACAUCUUGUAUGGAAUAUAUCCUCCACUCUUUGUUGUUCUUCUCAUAUACUCUAUUGGUGGUACAGCUAUCAGUGUUUUCCUCGGAAAGGGGCUGGUGACUCUAAAUUUCUUGCAAGAGAAAAAGGAAGCAGACUUUCGUUAUGGACUUGUACGGGUUCGGGAAAAUGCUGAGUCAAUUGCUUUCUAUGGUGGUGAAGAGAGUGAGAUGCAACUUCUUCUGCAGCGGUUCAAAAGUGCUUUCGAAAAUCUAACCCAACUACUGAUUUCGUCUAGAAAUCUGGAGUUCUUCACCAAUGGUUACCGCUAUGUCAUUCAAGUUCUUCCAGCUGCUGUUGUUGCUCCCAUGUAUUUCUCUGGAAAAAUCGAGUUUGGUGUUAUUAACCAGUCAGUCUCUGCUUUUAAUCACAUCCUUGGUGACUUUUCUCUCAUUGUAUACCAGUUUCAAGCUAUAAGUGCUUUUUCUGCUGUCAUUAAUCGGUUAGGUGAAUUUGAUGAUAUUUUGGACAGAAGCAACUCUAAAUCUCUCUCUGAUUCUUUAGAAGACAUAGAUAUAAUGUACAAAGAUAUUAUAAGUUCAUCUGCAUUGGAAUCCAAUGGAUUGACUCCACAAGAGAAACAUGAAACAUUACUGGAGAUAGAUAAUUUGAUUCUGAAGACACCAAGUGAUUCUACACUUAUUACAGACUUGUCAUUGACAAUCAAGGCAAAAGAUAAUUUACUAAUAACAGGACCAAGUGGAAGUGGCAAAACAUCUUUAUUAAGAGUUAUGGCUGGUCUAUGGAGAACUGGAACCGGAAAGAUCAUAUACUAUGUAAAAGGUGGGGAAGAUGCUGAGAAAUCCAUUAGUUCAGAUGUGAAUACUCCUCGUGAUGUAUCUGAAGAUCGUGGAAAAUCCAUCAGCAGAAAAUCCGGAAUCUUUUUCCUACCUCAAAAGCCGUACAUGGUUUUGGGCACUCUUCGUCAACAAUUACUUUAUCCAACUUGGGGUGACGAUGUCGUUCCAACAUUGGAUAGUGAUAAACAAAAAAAUGUGCUUCCUUUCUUGUCAAACUCAGAUGAUAUGAAUAGUGAACUUAUGAAGCCAAAAACAGACGAGCUGAUAAAGAUCUUAGAGGAUGUUCGUCUUGGCUACAUAUUACCUCGGUUCGGGUUGGAUUCAACACAUGAAUGGUCUAGUGUUCUCUCUCUGGGAGAACAGCAACGUCUAGCGUUUGCUCGUCUUUUGCUUUCAAAACCUCAACUAGCUCUACUGGAUGAAUCAACAAGCGCACUUGAUGAAGCCAACGAGGUUUAUUUGUAUGAAAAGAUUGCAGCAGCGGGCAUAACAUACAUUAGUGUUGGCCAUCGGUCAACCUUAUCCAACUUCCACGACAGAAUCCUACGCAUAUCUACAACCGAUUCAAACAAUGAACAGCCAAAUUGGCACAUCGAACCCACUAGACGUGAAUCCUCUUUAAAAGUUUAGAAAUGUAUGAUUGUUGCAGGGUUUUGGUAUUGACAUCUAUGCUUCAAAUUCAUUGAACCAUAAUUUUUCGGAGUACGGAUGUCAUCAUGUAGAUUUUCCCAGGAAACUUGUUAUUGUUAUAACAUUUAAUUUUUAUAUACAGAUCCAUAGAAACACUCAUAGAAGAAUGCUUUUUAUAAAUUUAGGCUUGCUGUUCUUUUCACAACAAAAUUGAACCGAUGUAUCUAAAGAGAGAUUCGUGUGUUAAUUUUGUGCAUCAAAUUUAAAUGCACUGAGCUGUAAA